CCAAAGUCAAACCAGAUUGAACGGUUUGUGUUUGAAAGCACAGGAGAAAGAGGAGACCUGAGACUGGCUGUAAAAAAUAAUAAUAAUAGAAGUCAUAACAUUUUGGUUUUUUUUGACGAUUAUUAACAAGUUAUAUUUGCGAACCUUCAGGAGUUAAGGUUGUCGUUUAACCCCAUUGGAGGAGGAGUGAGGGCGUGAGUGACUUUAAAAUGGACACGGUGGUGAAAAAGAGUAACAAGGAAAACUCCAAGCCGGACGUUGGUCAAAAAAAGGCGGAGUUCAGAAAUGUCGUAUCGAAACGGAUGAUGAAAUCUGCACCGCUCCAGUUUAAAAAUGCCCUGAGGGAAGAAAACGCAGGAGAUAAUAAGGCCGAGUCUAAAGUGCGCAUCAAACCAUCAAAACUAACCAAGAGCAACAAUUCGGAUCCCACGCAGAGGAAAACUCUGAGUCAGGCCUUCCGCACCGAACAAACCCUGAGACACAGGAAGCUGGUGUUGGAAACCCAAAAGCCACCGCCAUCUGUCCCUCCUAAAUCCCUCCUCCCUGGCACCUAUAAGGGCCGAGUGGUGCAGUCCAAAAUCGAUUGCUUUAGAAAGCCACCGAGUGGUCACGAGAAGAAACCGAGCGAGAACAAGCCCAAAGCUGAGACGGUGGUUCGGUCCAAACCUGCUACAGUGCUGUCGGUGUCCUCAAGAGUAGGAGUCCAGUCAAGUUUGGAGAGCAGAGCAAAGUCAGGGUUGGACACACGGGUGAAGGUGCAGAAGACGGUUCCUCAAAGACAGAUACAGACAAAAACUUUAGUUCGGACAGCAACGGUCUCGGCCAAGCCGUCCGCUGUCUCCGCCAAGUCCUCUACAAUCUCUCGGAAACCAGUGACGAUGUCCGCGAGACCACCAACGGUGACGUCUUUCAUCAAGAAGAAGGAACCAUCAAAACCUGCUACAGCUGCUCGCGAGCAAAAACCGCAAAAGUCCGUCUCGAGCUCCAUCAGCCAAUACCGAAUCCGUGUGGAAUCUGCCGAGGAGAGAAGGGCGAAGUUGGCUGAAUGGUUGGCGCUGAAAGGGAAAACUCUGAAAAGGCCAGCGAUGACGGAAAAGUCUGCGCCUCCGAGCUGUAAACCUCAGACUAACGCUGAAGAUGCAGAUAAAGCUCAGCCCAAAGUGGUGACAGUCAGUGAAGCAGAACAGAGCGAGGUUCCUCAGAGGAAACCUGCAUUCUCCAACAGCCCAAGUCACAUCCUAAACACCACGCUGGACCUGCUGGACAACUCGGACACGGAGCUGCCCACGGAGCCCGAGGUCAGGAUGGAAUCGGUGGUGGUAAACCUUUGUAAACAGUUAGAGGCGAUGGAAACUCCGUCCUCAUGUGAGAGUGAAACAAAAGCAGGAAGAAAUGCUGAGGUGAAGACAGAAGAAGAAAUGGCUGAAUACGAGAUUCUGGAGGAGGAAGAACUGGGUGAAGAAAAACCAAAGGACAUCGCUGAAGAGGAGGAUGGAGAGGAAGAAAAGAGAGCUUUCAGGGUGAAUGAGGAGGAAGAGCAGAAACUGUUUGAAGGUGGUGAUGAGGAGAAGAUGGACUCCACACCUGCAGAUGUUGUGGAUGCAUUUGUUGUGAAGUACAGCGUAAAAACAACGCCGUUUCUGCAAAGUGUGAAGAAGAGGAUGGAGGGUGAGUUGGCUCCGGCUACUCCAGGCUCUCGCCGUAAAAGUUCCAUUAAAGAGCUGAAGUUUCUGACGCCGGUGCGUCGCUCGUCUCGGAUCCACAGGAACUCGUCCCGUCUGCCAGAUGUGCUGAACGAACAUGACCCCUGCGUGUCCUCGCUGGCUGAGCUCGAGCUGCUGGAUGCAGCUGACUCCAACGCCUACAUUUACAGGAAGAACCCUGCGCUGCUGCAGCACCUCCCUGAGCAGCGUCCUGAGCCCCAGAGCUCCGAUCACACCGACAAACAAACAUGCUGAAUAAUCAGGACAGGAAACCGAUUUUAACUACAGUAAUAUGCAAAUAGUGAAUGUUAACUUGUGGCAGAAAAGACAGUGGACUGAUUUGAAUAUGUAAAGAUGUGAAUUUCUAUUGGCUCACUUACACCGAAAACAGAAAAGCUGAUGUUUAGAGCUGAUUACGAAAUGAUGCUACACUAGGGGGUUUUGGAUGUUUUUACUAACUGAAGGUUUGUUUUCCUCAAAAAGCUAACAUGAAUAAUUAUAAACAGACAGAAGCAGUGGAAGUGUGUAAUGUAAAAGAUGCUUUGAAGACACAAGCAAGUUUUAGUUUACACUGAAGAGACUCUAAAACCAGAAUGGAGGUUAGAAAUGAUGGCUAUGCACAAAUUUUCACAGGCAGAAAAUACUUAUAAAAAAUGUUUAUCAAUAUUUGAAGUGGAGAAAGGUUUUGCUUCUGCUAACACUAAUGCAGGAAAAAGAGGUUCAGAUGUUUCUACAAGUUUUCUUUUAAAGCCUUAUAACAGUGUCUGUGAUUGACAGGUGGGUAACCUAGCAACACAAGCUACUAUGUGCUCUAACUGCUAAAAGAAAUAAAUUAACACUUUAAAUUGCAUCUGCACUUUUAUCCUGCAUCAUAGGCUUGCUGAAAUUUUUAAUAAAAAUGGUACAAUCCUGAAUACUUUCCCUUAGACCUGAUUAUCAAUUAAUUGUCAUUAAUUUGAUAAUUGCUCGUGUUACUUCUUUGUCCAUCCUGAUGUUUGUUUGUUUCUUUUCCUUGUGUAUAUAUUUAUCCAGUGUUCCUGAUUAAUAUUAUUCACAUCGAAGCGUAUAAUUGUAGACAUCGCAAACUCAUGUUCAUCUUUGACAACUGAUCUGCAUGUGUAAAGAUGAGAUUCAAGCAUAUUGUACUGAAUGAGUGUUUCUUGAAAUAAACUCAGUUCUCUUUUA